GUACCCAAAAGGGUUACAAGGAUAAACAGACAGGGAAGAAAAUAUCGUUUUUUUGCUUUCCAAAAGAUAAAAAUAUGAGGCGCCGGUGGAUUCACGCGAUUCGUCGUGACGAGAACAAGGAUUUCAAGAUCAUUGAUACAACCAAAGUGUGCUCUCGCCACUUUGAAGCCACAGAAAUGAAGAUAUCACUCACAGGCAUAGUUCCAGACGUAGUUCCCUCCAAGCUUGCGUUUUCUGUGCCUUCUACUAAAAGAAAAGCACCCACUUUGAGAUCUGCACCGACAAAUACUAAAGUCACGAAAUACGAGCAAAGUGACAAUGAGGUUGACGAGUCAUCUACAAUCGAUGCUGUAGUUUAUAGUCCAGAAGAAAACGAAGAAACCUUAAAAGAAACUAUAUCUGAACUUAAAAACAAACUCGAGGAAGCUCAAGCGCGGAUUGAUACUCUCGAACGUGAGAAUGCAAACCUACGAGACCUGCGAUCUAAAGUGUCAACAUUAGAAAGUCGGUACCAAACAUCACAAUCAAGAGUCUUUACUGUUGAACACUUUACUUCAGAUGAAGACAUUUCUUACUACACUGGAUUCCCUAACUAUCAGACAUUUCUUGCCGUUUAUAAUUUCCUUGAUCCAGGCGAGAGAUGCGAAAACAUUAAUUACGGCACAAUCAACAAAACCGUACCAGAUGAUUUCUAUGAUAAAGCAGGAGAGGAUGAAGACAGUGAUGAGGAUCUCUAUGACUUGAAAAAGCCUCGAAAACGUGGAAGAUCAAGGGCACUAAAGCCGAUUGAAGAGUAUUUUCUCAGUCUCUGCAGACUAAGGAGAGGAUUUUGUGAAAAACAUCUGGGCCAUUUAUAUGGUAUUUCACAGUCCACUCUGAGCAGAAUUCUUACACCAUGGUUUAAUUUCAUGUACCUCAAGUUUGCCCAAGUGUGCAUCUGGCCUUUGAGGGAAAAAGUGGAUGAUACUAUGCCUGAAAUCUUCAAAGAAAAAUAUCCAUCAACUCGUGUGAUCAUAGACUGUACUGAGAUCAGGUGCCAAAUGCCCAGUAGUCUCCUUCUUAACAGUGAGCUUUUUAGCUCAUAUAAAAACCAUGUUACUUUGAAAACCCUGGUAGGCAUUGCCCCUAGUGGAGCUAUCACAUUUAUUAGCCAACUCUACACUGGGAACAUCUCAGACAAGGUAAUUGUGGCACGAAGUGGUCUACUAGAUCUAGAGUUUAAUAAUAAAGAUUCAAUAAUGGCCGACAAGGGAUUUACUAUUGAUGAUCUGUUGCCUCUGGGAGUGACAACAAAUAUCCCUCCCUUCCUCGGAGACAAUGCACAGAUGUCUGGGAAUGAUGUCAUAAACACACAGCAAAUUGCAAGUGUUCGCAUACAUAUAGAGCGUGCUAUCAACAAAAUCAAAAACUUUCAUGUCUGGGAUUCUGUAGUGCCACUGAGUUUAUUCGGUGUUGUGAAUCAAAUGUGGACUAUUUCUGCAUUUUUAUGUAAUAUGCAAGAUCCCAUAAUUUCUGAAUGAAACUUUGAAUUAGGAUAUUGGGAACCGGAUGUUGUAUACAUUAUUUCCUGAUAGAGUAAUAUUUGAUACGAGCCUUCAGGCAAUUUUCAAACAUUUUGACUCUCUAGCAUAUAUGACAAAAAGCAGAGGUCCCAUCACUCUAACUUUGUUGCAAGGUGGACGUAAAAGAACCGCUGAGGCCAUAAACAAUAUUCUUUGCCGUGACCACCCUCAGUGUCUAGCUCGAAUACUGACUACUUCUUCAGACUAGGGACCUCAUUCAGUUAAGGUAAAAAACUAUGUAUGGGUAUCCCUGCCUCAGAUUGAUGGCAAACUCAAUAAACUAAAUUA